UUAGGUGCCCGUUAUGCAUUCCCACAUAGUUAUUUUGGUGAGGGAUGUAAAUACAGAGAGAUAAAAAGGGCUGGAAAAAGCACACUGGGUUGAUAAUAAUGGUUAUUUAUGAGAAAUAAAGCAGGGGAGGGAAGCAUCAAGAGAGCCUUUGUAUGAUCGGCAGUGUUGUAUUUUUGAGAUAAAUGUAUUUGUAUAAUGUGUAUGGAGUACCAUCAACUGAGCCUGACUCUCCCUCCACUUAGUUUGAGCAGGUAGCUAAGUGAAUUUCGGUCAUUAGCCUCUAACCCCAUCUUCUUUUCUUCAGUUCCUAGUAAACAGCCUAUUGAGAAGGACAUCAAUAAAAGUGCCUGAGUAGUUCAGACAGACGGAAAGUGAGGAGGCAGAGUGGCAGAUGGAUACGUGAAAGACAGAGAAGGAACAGCAUGAGGGAAUGAGUAUGGGUCUGCAGGGGAUGCAACAAGCUGUAGAUUUCAGGAGGGCUGUGGACAUAAGGCAAAGACUUCAAAUAAGGAGGAGCAGGGAAGGGUGGUAAAAAUGGUCCAAAGUACGGUGGGUCCUACCCCACCCCCGCCGUGGCUCCUCUUAUGAUGCUGGAUUGGGGGAGCUUUCAGCGGGAUAAAAAGUAGAAGGAGCAGUAUUGAAGUGGGGGUGGGGGAGUUUAGUAGGACAAAGAUGUCAAUCGAGGAAAAAGUUGAGAAAAAAUUAAAGAGUAGGUACGACAGAGCAGAUACUGUAUAAUGUGAACAGCAAUGAGGAUGGGACCAGGUGCUACCAAUGGAAUGGCUAACACGAACCCAGUCCAAGCAGCCAGGGAGAAAGGACAGCACCCUGAGCUCCGAGUGUAGUUAAUUUGGGGUAAUGGAGGCACUUGGGCAGGUGGCAAAAAUGAGUCGGGGAAAGUCAGAAUGAGAACCGGAAUGUCUGCUUGCCAUCACUCCCAGAGCAAGUGCCUCAAAGCAGGAAAAUCAAGGUCAAGAGAGGAGAGGCCAAUGACCACACACCCACACCCACACAUGCACACACAUAUGCAUACAUGCACACUUUCUUUCAUACACACGCCAUAAGAUUCCAAAUGCAAGAUCUGUAAUGAGUCACAUCAAUAGCAACCUUUAUUUGACCUGUCAGGUGUGUUUAUUCUUGACAGCACUACUGAGAGCGGUGAGGAUAUGAGAAAUCUUCAUUUAUAUCUCCCUUUAAAAUCUUGCUGUGCUCUGUUCAAAGGUAUGCACUUGAUUAUAAUUGUGUCAUUGUUUACUGUGGGAAGUUGAGACCGAAACAGGUUGGAAAAAUUUUAGGAAAGGGAAGAGUUGUUUUAAAAAAAAAAAAAAAGAAAGAUGUCUUAGGAGAAAGCAGCAAACUUCACUUGCCACUUGAAAAUAAGGGACAAAGAAAUUCCCAAAAGAAAUUUAUCAAGUAGUGGACUAAAGAGACAUAAGAAAUAGGCUACCUCUUCUAACAGAUAAUGUGUUGUAUUUGCUGUGUCCGGGUGCAAUCGAUUUGUUUUCACAUCUUCUCAUCCUUAAACUAAAGCCCCCACCAUCCUGACAGGUGCUUUGACUUGUUCUCUUUAACAAAGGAGGGCACUGAGGCUUGGGGAAACUAAGUCAUGUGGCCCAGGUCGAACUCCAUGGGCGGCAUCUGGACUCCAUCUAGGGCUGACCGACCUCCAAACUCCUGUGUUUAAUCGUCCACACAGCUCACAGAGCGAGAGACUCACACUGCUGCUGUGCAGAGAGGUCCUGGGGAGAUGCUCUCAAGCCCGCACAUCCUUUCCCUUGGGAAAAGGGCAAACAAGAAGGCUAAGUGGAAGGUCAUUUGGAAGCAAGCGUGGCUGCCAACCUCAGUCUUGCAAAGCAGCAGCCCCGCCUGGGAGCAGGGUGGUGGCCAGGGCAAUGGUGGAAGCCCUGAAGAUACCUCAUGGCUGCUGAGGGGCCUGCCCCAUCAGGGAGCGGAGUCGCGGGCAUGGUGUGCAGCCUGUGGGUCCUGGUGCUGGUGUCCUCAGUCCUGGCUCUAGAAGAGGUAUUGCUGGACACCACAGGAGAGACUUCGGAGAUUGGCUGGCUCACCUACCCACCAGGGGGGUGGGAUGAAGUGAGUGUUCUGGAUGAUCAGCGCCGCCUGACUCGGACCUUCGAGGCAUGUCACGUGGCCGGCGCCCCUCCAGGCUCCGGGCAGGACAACUGGCUGCAGACACACUUCGUGGAAAGGAGAGGAGCCCAAAGGGCACACAUCCGGCUGCACUUCUCCGUGCGGGCAUGCUCCAGCCUGGGCGUGGCUGGCGGCACCUGCCGGGAGACCUUCACGCUUUACUACCGCCAGGCCGAGGAGCCCGAUGGCCCCGACAGCAUCUCUGCCUGGCAUCUCAAGCGCUGGACCAAGGUGGACACCAUCGCGGCAGAUGAGAGCUUCCCGGCCUCCUCGGCGUGGGCGGUGGGCCCCCGAGGGGCCGGACCGCGGGCAGGGCUCCAGCUGAAUGUCAAAGAGCGGAGCUUCGGGCCCUUGACCCAGCGCGGCUUCUACGUGGCCUUCCAGGACACGGGGGCCUGCCUGGCCCUCGUGGCGGUCAAGCUCUUCUCCUACGCCUGCCCCUCAGUGCUCCGCGCCUUUGCCUCCUUUCCUGAGACACAGGCCAGUGGGGCCGGGGGCGCCUCCCUCGUGGCAGCCAUGGGCACCUGUGUGGCUCACGCCGAGCCAGAGGAGGAUGGAGGAGGGGGCCAGGCAGGGGGCAGUCCCCCUAGACUGCACUGCAACGGGGAGGGCAAGUGGAUGGUAGCCGUGGGGGGCUGCCGCUGCCAGCCAGGGUACCAGCCUGUGCGUGGAGACAAAGCCUGCCAAGCCUGCCCUGGGGGGUCCUACAAGGCCUUGGCUGCGAAUGCCCCCUGCUCACCAUGCCCUGCCCGCAGCCACGCCCCUGACCCUGCAGCCCCUGUCUGCCCCUGCCUGAAGGGCUUCUACCGGGCCACUUCCGACCCCCCAGAGGCUGCCUGCACUGGUCCUCCGUCGGCUCCCCGGGAGCUGUGGUUCGAGGUGCAGGGCUCAGCGCUCAUGCUGCACUGGCGCCUGCCUCAGGAGCUGGGGGGCCGAGGGGACCUGCUCUUCAAUGUCGUGUGCAAGGAGUGCGGAGCGGGAGGCAAGGGCCCUUGUCGCCGCUGCAGGGAUGAGGUGCAUUUCGACCCCCGCCAGAGGGGCCUGACCGAGAGCCGCGUGCUAGUCGGGGGGCUCCGGGCACAUGUGCCCUACAUCUUGGAGGUGCAGGCUGUCAACGGGGUGUCGGAGCUCAGCCCGGACCCUCCACAGGCCACAGCCAUCAACGUGAGCACCAGCCACGCAGUUCCCUCGGCAGUCCCUGCGGUGCACCAGGUGAGCCGGGCUGCCAACAGCAUCACCGUGUCCUGGCCGCAGCCUGACCAGACCAACGGGAACAUCCUGGACUAUCAGCUCCGCUACUAUGACCAGGCAGAAGAUGAAUCCCGCUCCGUCACCUUGACCAGCGAGACUAACACGGCCACCGUGACCCAGCUGAGCCCCGGCCACAUCUAUGGCUUCCAGGUGCGGGCGCGGACUGCUGCAGGCCAUGGCCCCUUCGGGGGUAAGGUCUACUUCCAGACUCUGCCUCAAGGUGAGCUGGCCACCCAGCUUCCCGAGAGACUCUCCUUGGUGAUCGGGUCCAUCCUGGGGGCACUGGCCUUCCUUCUGCUGGCGGCCAUCACCGUGCUGGCUCUCGUCUUUCAGAGGAAGAGGCGUGGAACUGGCUACAUGGAGCAGCUGCAGCAGUACAGCAGCCCAGGGCUCGGGGUGAAGUACUACAUUGACCCCUCCACAUACGAGGACCCCUGCCAGGCCCUCCGAGAAUUCACCCGGGAGAUCGAUCCCACAUAUAUCAAGAUCGAGGAGGUCAUUGGGGCAGGCUCCUUCGGGGAGGUGCGUCGGGGCCGCCUGCAGCCCCGGGGCCGGCGGGAGCAGGCUGUGGCCAUCCAGGCCCUGUGGACCGGAGGUGCUGAGAGUCUCCAGAUGACCUUUCUAGGCCAGGCUGCGGUGCUGGGCCAGUUUCAGCACCCCAACAUUCUGCGGCUGGAGGGCGUGGUCACCAAGAGCCGGCCCCUCAUGGUGCUGACCGAGCUCAUGGAGCUGGGCCCCCUGGACAGCUUCCUCAGGCAGCGGGAGGGCCAGUUCAGCAGCCUGCAACUGGUGGCCAUGCAGCGUGGAGUGGCCGCCGCCAUGCAGUACCUGUCCAGCUUUGCCUUCGUCCACCGCGCGCUCUCUGCCCACAGUGUGCUGGUAAACAGCCACCUGGUGUGCAAAGUGGCGCGUCUUGGCCACACUCCUCAGGGCCCAAGUUGUAUGCUUCGCUGGGCAGCCCCAGAGGUCAUUGCGCACGGGAAAUAUACAACGUCCAGUGACGUUUGGAGCUUUGGGAUCGUGAUGUGGGAAGUGAUGAGUUAUGGAGAACGGCCCUACUGGGACAUGAGUGACCAGGAGGUACUAAAUGCAAUAGAGCAGGAGUUCCGGCUGCCCCCGCCUCCAGGCUGUCCGCCAGGACUCCACCUGCUCAUGCUGGACACUUGGCAGAAGGAGCGCACCCAGCGACCUCACUUUGACCAGCUGGUGGCUGCAUUUGACAAGAUGAUCCGCAAGCCGGACACUCUGCAGGCUGGCGGGAGCCCCGGGGACAGGCCUUCCCAGGCCCUUCUGAACCCCGUGGCCCUGGACUUUCCGUCUCUGGACUCCCCCCAGGCCUGGCUCUCGGCCAUCGGCCUGGAGUGCUACCAGGACACCUUCUCCCAGUCCGGCCUCUGCACCUUUAGUGAAGUGGCUCAGCUCAGCCUGGAAGACCUGCCUGCCCUGGGCAUCACCCUGGCCGGCCACCAAAAGAAGCUGCUGCACCACAUCCAGCUCCUGAAGCAGCACCUGCGGCCACCGGGCUCUGUGGAGGUCUGACGCCCGGCCAGGCAGCUGUGAAUGGACGAUGCCUGUGACCCGGUCCUGGACUGGGUCCAAGGAGGGACACGGGAGACGUGAGCCAGUCUCCACCUUGACCUCUGUGCGAGGUGCCUGCCGCACUUAAGCAACCUCUGGGACGUCUCGUGCCUGGUCCUCUGCCCCUCCACUGCCCCCCACCCCCCAUUAAGGGAAAGAAGGGA